AUGGAGUGUAGACCUGCUCUUGGAAGGAUUAGGCAUGGAGCUAAUGUCACUGGAGGCUGGUCUCCACCAUUGCCCCCUGCUAUUGUUACUAUUGCUGUAGCUGGACUGGUGGUAGCAAUGAUGGGAAUUUUGGGAAAUACUGGAAGAAUUCAGCUCUUGAGGAUUCAGAAAAUGGGGAUGAAGGGAGAGGACAAAUGUUUGGACAGCAGCAUUACUUCAGGGAGGACGGAGUCCACGUGUCCGGGAGAUUUAAAAGUUUGGGAAGGGACCGCGGGCUCUGCAGCGUGGCGACUCCGGAGCGGGAGGGAAGCGAGAGGCGCGGUAGGGAAGAGCUCUGCGGCGCAGACUCGGGGCCAGCCGGGUCCCCGUUUGGCAGACACCAUGCUCAGGACAGGCUCUUGCCAGCAGCAGCCCCCGGUUCAGCACCACGCUGCCUCCUCCCGCGGCAGCCAGCCCAGCCUCAGGAACCAGCGGGGGCACCACAGCAACGUGCCCCAAGCGUCCCUGUUAUUGCUCUUCCUGCUCCUCGCCUCCUGGACGUACGCCUGCCAAGGUGUACCAGUGCCAUCUCAAGAACUACAGGCAGAACAGGGUUUGCAGCUGUGGAAUGAAAUAGAUGAUGCAUGUUCUGCUUACCUGUCCAUCAUAGAGCCUCACCCUGAGACAUCCAGUGCACUGGAAGAACUUUGCUUUAUGGUCAUGGGAUUUCUACAGAAACCUCAGAGCUUAGAGGAAAAAGACAACACCAAAAGGUUCUUAUUUCAUUAUUCUAAGACUCAUGACUCAGACAAUUCAGACAUCAUGUCGUCUAUCCUGCAUCCUUUGCUGCAACUUGUUCCCCAACUUCAUGAGAGAAGACUGAAGAGAUACAAAGCAGACGAGGAACUUCAAGGAACUGGAGGGAUUCAAAGCAGGGGCUACUUUUUGUUCAGGCCACGCAAUGGAAGGAGAUCAGCAAGUUUCCGCUGAAAAGGAUUUUUAUUCCUUACCAGAACAAAUGCUGUGGGAAUGCAGAAUACAUGGACACAGUGUUUUGCUCACAAAAAAUAUUUCUUGCCACUUGUACAAUUCUUAAAAAAUCACUAGAAUGUAAAUGUUCCUAAAUCAGAUUUCGUUACAAUUGCCAAUGUUUCUUUAAUUUCUUGAGUAUAUUAAAAGCAUCUUAAAAUUAUUCAGUUGAUUUACAGUGUCAUAUAUACAACUGUGUGUAAUAAAAAUCUAAACAAAAAAAUUAGUGUAAGAUC